AUCUACCUGUAUACAUAUAGAGUUUAUCAUCUGACCCAGUCGCCGACUGUUCCCCAUUUUCUCGAUGCUCGCUCGGAUGUCAUCAUGUACGAGAGCGAGAAACUUCAGUCGGACUUGGCGACAUGGAAAGGCAUAUCGACGAGAUCGCCAGAGCGAUAAUCGCCGCUUAUGAGGCACGACCCGAUGGCGGUCGCUUUCUCGUGGGAGUCGCCGGGGUCCCAGCAUCCGGCAAAUCCACCUUCGCUUACCCCCUUGCCGAUCGCAUCAACAACCUGCUUCAUACCUCCUCACAGGCACAGGGAUACACGAAAGUGCAAGUAGAUGCGAAGCUAAGAUUGGUACACCCGCACUACGAGGUGGACAAGGCCCCUAUGGGAAUCGCAGCUUGUAUCGGGAUGGACGGCUGGCAUCACUCCAGGGCAGAACUGGAGGAGUUUCCGGAUCCCGCAGAGGCCAGGCGGCGCAGGGGUGCAGCUUUCACCUUCAACGCACAGUCUUUCACCGAUUUCGUACUCUCGCUCAAAAAGACCGGAUCACUCGCUGCCUCCUCUAAAAUCCCCUUCCCCACCUUUUCGCACGCUCUCAAAGAUCCCACUCCCUCUCUCGAACCCCUGGAGGGGCAUCAUCGUAUAGUGAUCAUCGAGGGGCUCUAUACGUUCCUGGACGUCCAGCCCUGGAGACGAGCAGCCGAGGUACUGGAUCUGAGGGUGUUUAUCGACGUCGAUCCGAGGACGGCGAGGGAGAGGCUGGUGAGAAGGUGUUUAGCGGAAGGAAUCGAAGAUACCUUGGAAAAGGCUGUCGAACGGGCGGACAAGUCGGAUAUGAUCAACGGCGAAUACGUUCGCGAACAUCUCUAUCCACCUUAUAUCACCAUCAUGUCCGUCGACGAUCCCACGUUCGCCUGA